AUGUUCUACCCUUGUGCGCUGCAUCAGGCGGACCUCGGGUGGUCGAAGCGGCUGGUCGAGUACGUGGUCGCGUACAUCAAAGGGCCCAAACCUGGCAGAAACGGGUCGACGAAGGCGCUGGAGGACAUGAAUGAUGGGCUGCACAGGCUGAGCAACUUGACUCCUGGCCUGCACCCGCCCACGUGCUUCACCCUCGACCCGGGCAAGAGCAGCAGCGCGAACGACGCGGACAAGGUCGCGAAGGCGACGGGCAAGGAGGCCCGAGUGCUCUCCAUCUGUUUGCCGUACCUUGCUGCGCGCUACAUACCGUGGCCGUCGAUUCGGGAGAACAUCAUCCGCGUGCUCGUCGCGUUCCUCGAUUGGAGUCUGCUGCGAGAGACGCGGAAUCCAAGCACCGAGGAGCUUGACGCGCUCGACGCAGCGUACAAGCACCUCCUGGAGGUGUACGAAGAGGUCUUCGAGGAGAAGCCGGACUUCCCGAAGGCGCACUCCGGCUGGCACUACCGCGAGCUGCUGGAGGAUUUUGGAGAUGUCGCGGUGGGGUCGACGAACAUGUUUGAGAGCGGGCACAAGAUGAUGACGGGGCGCAGCAACUACAACGCGAGCACCUACCGCCGACAGGCUGUGCUCCGCGCAUUGCGCAUCGAGACUAUGCUCCUCGUGCAGCCGCCGAGGCCGAGGAUGCGGCAUCGCACCCAGCCCACGGCCGCAUCGGGGUCGUUCCUGACAUCCGUGAGCAUUCUGGACCUGCGCAAUAUGGACUUCGGCAAGUUGAUGCGUUUGAAUGCCCGCGAGCGUGCAGCGUCGAACCUGCGACUCGCAGUUUGCGCGGUUCCGGAGCUGCAGCUGGUGCCGCUGGCGCUCAUCGAAUUCGUGCAUGGCGAGCUCGUGCGCCAGGGCCGCGACGACCCGGUCGCAGCAGCGCAGAGCGUGCUGGGAGCGACGUGCAACCUGGCAAAGGGAGUCAAGAUCGAAGACGAGUGCGGGAUCGCGCGGGCUUCGCCAUUCGACACGACGCCGGGUGCCCGGACCCGCGACGCUCCGGCGCCCACCGUCGGCAGGACGUGGGACGUCGAGGUCGAGGUUGACGGCGUCGAUCGGCUAGCGCGCCUUGUCGCUGUCGUCGAGGCCUGCUCAGCGACCCAGCCCGUGACGACGGACGCGAUCGCCGUGGUCAAGCUGUUCGCCGACGAGGACCACCAAGGCGAGUUGUUGCCGAGCGAGGGCGGUCACGGCGGAGCGCUUCCUGGGCAGCGCAUGGCGUGGGCGACGAAAUGGCGGCACUGCACCACCAGGGGAAGAACGUUGCUGCACCCAGACGUCCGCGCUGUCCCGGUGAGGAACAUCGUGCGCACGGUGCUCAUGCACCCGCUCGGCCCGGAGCUGGACGGUGCCGAUGACGGACAUCUAUGGCCAGGAGCAAUGUUGAACGACAACUUCACGCAAGAGACCUUCCUGGAGAAUACGUACCUGGAGCUCAUUCAUGAGCGCCUGUGA